AUGACCUCCUCCGACGGUGACCCAUCAACGUCGUCGGCAGGCAACGCAACACCGACAUCGAGCCAGACCACCGAUACCGCCUCCUCGUCGUCGGCCGCCGCAACGUCCACCGACGACCGCGGCCAGCUGCUCGCCCAGGCCAUCCGCUUCCUCACUUCAGCCCGCGUCACCGGCGACGCAACCGACGAUACGAAGCGCGAGUUUCUCCGCUCAAAGGGCCUCACCGAAGACGAGAUCCACGCAGCUUUCCGCGACGCAACACCCCCAUCCGCAUCGGCCUCUUCGGUCCCCUCGCAUGCUACGGCAUCAGCAGCAGAGACCGACGCCCAGGCUUUCGAACGCGCAGCCAAAGAGUUUGACGAUCCCAUCAACGCAGCUUCCCUCGCACCGCCCCCACGCACCUACCCAACCUCGCCCCUGGCCCUCUACUACGAGGCGCCCUCCCCUCAGGCAACUGGCGCACAUCCCUCAUCGACGGGCGGGAGAGGCUCCGGCGCCGCCGCCGCCAACUCGCCCCUCACGCGCUACCAGGUGUUGCUGCAGUUUUUCAAGACGCUCAGCUACCUCAUGAUGCUCGGCGGCGGCGUCACCGCCCUUUCAGUCGCACUCUGGCGCACCUACGUCCUCCCGCGCAUCACCGCCACCUUUGAUGCUCGCUCCAUUGUGCUCAGCCACCACCACGUCCUCUACGACAAGCUCAGGGCCAGCGUCCGCGGCAUGGCCACCUACCUGCCCGCCUCGACCGCCGAAGUGGCAAAGCAGCAGCAGCAGCAGCAGCAGCAGCAGCAGCGCAAGGGCGUGCUCAAGAAGGUCCACUUUGGCGACGAGGUCGACGGCGGAAAGCUCGACGACAGCCAGAGGGCGCUGGCCGCGGCAGCCGGCAACGACGGUGCGGCCGACGACAAGGGGCACAAGACCGAGAAGGUGGUGCUGCCAGGGACAGACGUCGAGGUGGAUGCAAGGGCGCCGGACGAGAAGCAGGCGGCCGAUCCGGCGGCGGGCAAGGACGGCGACGCGGCGGCAGCGGAGGGAGCAGCAGCCGGAGACCUCGCUCAGGGUCUGGAGCCCAUCGACCUGACGGAGCCGCUGCGCCAGUCCAUCUCGCGCCUGGCGGCGGUGCUGCGGGCCGACAUGUCGUCGGCCGCGGUCGGCAAGCCGUUGGACGCAGGCGCGCCUGUCGACAGCGCAGCCUCUGGAGCCAUCGCUUCCGCCACUACGCAAGCGCGGCCGGCCACGGUCUCGGACGCUGAUUCCGAAUCUGGCUCUGAAUGGUCUGAUUCGGACACCGACACGGUCUCGGACGACGGUCUCGAGUUUGACCCCUACGGAUCGUACACCAAGAAGAAGCACACGCAGACGCCGACGACGACGUCCUCCACCUCGGGUCGGUCGUCUUCCUCUUCGUCGGCCAAACGGGGCGCGCUCAAGAGCUCGCUGACGUCGCUGUCGGCCGACAUCAGCUCGCGCCAGUUUAUGGCGACCAACCAGUCGUUUGCCAACAGCACGCUGGGGAUGCGGUUCGGAGCUACGCCCGCCGCCGCGGCGGGGGGUUCGUCAACGUCGGCUACGGGGGCAGGGUCCGGGGGCAACGAGACGAGAUCCGGCGAGAUUGGGCAGGUCAAGGCCGAGAUCCGCAGCCUCAAGGGUCUGCUGCUGUCGCGAAGGAACUUUCCCAGCUAUGCUGCCCGGCCGCCACCCCAGAUGGGCGAGAGGGUGGGGAGCACCGUCGUCUAG